UCAAAGAAAAAAGAGCUGACAUGUGAAGUUGAUUGAUUUGCGUGACAAUGCGGACCCUCCCAUGGGGUAUAAAAAGCACCGACUGUCCUCCGCCGCUGUUGCAGUGUGACCAAAAUCUAGCCGACACAAUGGGAAAGAUCAUCUUCUACGAGGACAGGAACUUCCAGGGGCGCUCGUACGAGUGCGGCAGCGACUGCGCCGACCUCCACUCCCACUUCAGCCGCUGCAACUCCAUCCGGGUCGACAGCGGGAGCUGGAUGGUGUACGAGCGUCCCAGCUACAUGGGCUACCAGUACUUCCUGAUGAAGGGAGAGUACCCCGACUACCAGCGCUGGAUGGGGUUCAACGACUGCGUCCGGUCCUGUCGCAUGAUUCCCCAGUACCAAGGGACUCACAGAAUGAGGAUCUACGAGCGCUCGGACUUUGGCGGUCAGAUGAUGGAGUUCACGGAAGACUGCCCUUCCCUGUACGACCGCUUCCAUUACAACGACAUUCACUCCUGCAACGUGACGGACGGCUACUGGCUGUUCUACGAGCAUCCCAACUACAGGGGGCGCCAGUACCUGUUGAGGCCCGGGGAGUACAGGAGAUACAGCGACUGGGGAUCCAUGAGCUCCAGGAUCGGCUCAAUGAGGCGCAUUGUGUAAAUUGUUAAUUAUGAUUAUUAAUAGGGGGCAAAAUCGGGACAUUAAAUAAUGCCUACUUCAUUUUAUUUAUUAUGUUUUCUCAUUUAAUUUAAGGAAAACUGUAUUAUAAUUCUACUACUUUUAUGUAUUGUAGGAGGUUAUAUUUUAUGUUAUUGUUCCUCAUACAUUAAAUAAAUGACAUAUGUCUGAUU